UAAUAAAUAUGUCAAAUAAUAUGAAUCUUGUUACUCUUUUAGAAGACGCCCAAAAUGAUGCUACUUUUGUCAAAUAUAGUGAAGAAGACCAACAAACCUCUAUCUAUAACAACUUUAGUAAAGACUAUACAAAUACUAUUUGGGAUGAUCUUGUACUUAUUGAAAAUGCAGGAGAAGACCACAUAAAUACUGUUGAAAAUAACCUUAUAUUUGUUGAAAAUUAUCAAACAGUUGUUUAG